GGCCCCGCUCCGGAGUAGGAAGCGCCCGUCGCUCCCGCCGUGGUCCCGUUACCGCCCGCCACCCUCGGGAGGAACUUGCUGCAGCCGCGUCCCCGCGCACCAUGAGCGCGCGCCUGCCCCUCGUCCUGCGCCAGCUCGGCCGCCCGCCCCGGCCCCCGGGCCCGCCGCGUCGCCUCCGGGAGCCCUGUCGUGCAGCCAGCGGCAGUGGCAGCCAGAGCGGCGGCCAGGAGGGCCUGAGCGGGCAGCAGCGGCCGCAGGAUGGUCCGGCCUGGAGCAGCCAGGGCCCGGGCAGCCCUGCACCUCCCGCACGGGACUCCAUCGCCAGAGAAGUCAUUCAGAAUUCAAAAGAAGUUCUACAUUUGUUGCAAGAAAAAAACCCUGCAUUUAAGCCAGUUCUUGCUAUUAUUCAGGCAGGUGAUGAAAAUUUAAUGCAGGAAAUAAACCAGAAUUUGGCUGAGGAGGCUGGUCUGAACAUCACUCACGUCUGCCUUCCUCCAGACAGCAGCGAAGAUGAGAUUAUAGAUGAAAUUUUGAAGAUGAAUGAAGAUACCAGAGUACAUGGCCUUGCCCUUCAGAUCUCUGAGGACUUGUUUAGCAGCAAAGUGCUCAAUGCCUUGAAUCCAGAAAAAGAUGUGGAUGGAGUGACAGAUGUAAACCUGGGAAAGCUGGUGCGGGGGGAUGCCCACGAAUGUUUUGUUUCACCUGUUGCCAGAGCUGUAAUUGAACUUCUUGAAAAAUCAGGUGCCAGUUUGGAUGGAAAGAAGAUCUUGGUAGUGGGAGCUCAUGGGUCUUUGGACGCUGCCCUGCAGUGCCUGUUCCAGAGAAGAGGGUCCAUGACAAUGAACUCCCAGUGGAAAACACCUCAGCUUCAAAGCAAGCUUCAUGAGGCUGACAUUGUGAUCUUAGGCUCACCUAAACCAGAAGAGAUUCCCCUUACGUGGAUCCAGCCAGGAACCACUGUUCUCAACUGCUUCCAUGACUUGCUAUCAGGAAAGCUUAGCUGCAGUUCUCCCAGGGCCCAUCUGAAUGGACUUAUUGCAGAAGACAACUUGGGUCUCCUCGCUGCAGCUCUUCGGAUUCAGAACAUGGUCAGCAGUGGACGGAGGUGGCUCCGAGAACAGCAGCACAGGAGGUGGAGACUUCACUCCCUGAAACUGCAGCCCCUGUCCCCCGUGCCAAGUGAUAUAGAGAUUUCAAGAGCACAGACUCCAAAAGCUGUGGACAUCCUUGCCAAGGAGAUAGGAUUGCUUGCAGAUGAAAUUGAAAUCUAUGGCAAAAGCAAGGCCAAAGUACGUUUGUCCCUGCUGGAAAGGCUAAAGGAUCAAGCAGAUGGAAAAUACGUCUUAGUGGCUGGGAUCACGCCCACCCCUCUUGGAGAAGGGAAGAGCACAGUCACCAUUGGGCUGGUACAAGCGCUGACUGCCCACCUGAAUGUCAACUCCUUCGCCUGCCUGAGGCAGCCUUCCCAAGGGCCGACUUUUGGAGUGAAAGGAGGAGCUGCGGGAGGCGGAUAUGCCCAGGUCAUCCCCAUGGAAGAGUUCAACCUGCACCUGACUGGGGACAUCCAUGCCAUUACUGCUGCCAAUAACUUGCUGGCCGCGGCCAUUGACACAAGGAUUUUGCAUGAAAAUACUCAAACAGAUAAGGCUCUGUAUAAUCGACUGGUUCCUCUGGUGAAUGGUGUCAGAGAAUUUUCAGAAAUUCAACUUGCCCGGCUGAAAAAACUGGGGAUAAAUAAGACUGAUCCAAGCAUGCUGACUGAAGAGGAAAUGAGCAAAUUCGCCCGUCUCAACAUCGACCCCACAACCAUCACGUGGCAGAGAGUGUUGGAUACCAAUGACCGAUUUCUACGAAAAAUAACAAUUGGGCAGGCAAGCACAGAGAAAGGGUACUCCCGGCAGGCGCAGUUUGACAUUGCGGUGGCCAGUGAGAUCAUGGCAGUGCUGGCCCUGACAGAUAGCCUCAAGGACAUGAAGGAGCGGCUGGGAAGGAUGGUGGUGGCCAGUGACAAAAACGGGCAGCCUGUGACAGCAGAGGACUUGGGGGUGACAGGUGCUUUGACAGUUUUGAUGAAAGACGCAAUAAAACCAAAUCUGAUGCAGACCCUUGAAGGGACGCCUGUCUUUGUGCAUGCUGGCCCCUUUGCUAACAUCGCUCACGGCAACUCUUCAGUGUUAGCUGAUAAAAUUGCCCUAAAACUGGUUGGUGAAGAAGGAUUUGUAGUGACUGAAGCUGGCUUUGGGGCCGACAUUGGGAUGGAGAAAUUCUUCAACAUCAAGUGCCGAGCCUCCGGCCUGGUGCCCAACGUGGUGGUGCUGGUGGCUACUGUCCGAGCUCUGAAGAUGCACGGAGGUGGACCAAGUGUAACUGCUGGUGUCCCUCUGAAAAAAGAAUACACAGAAGAGAACAUCCAGCUGGUGGCAGACGGCUGCUGUAACCUGCAGAAGCAAAUCCAGAUCGCUCAGCUCUUUGGGGUGCCUGUGGUGGUAGCGCUGAAUGUCUUCAAGACCGACACCCGCGCCGAGAUUGACUUGGUGUGCGAGCUGGCGAAGCGCGCUGGUGCCUUUGACGCAGUCCCCUGCCAUCACUGGUCGGUUGGUGGAAAAGGGUCGGUGGACUUGGCAAGGGCUGUGAGAGAAGCUGCGAAUAAAAGAAGCCGUUUCCGGUUCCUGUACGACAUCCAGCUUCCAAUUGUGGAAAAGAUAAGAGCCAUUGCCCAGUCUGUUUAUGGAGCCAAGGAUAUUGAACUCUCUCCUGAGGCACAAUCCAAAAUAGAUCGUUAUACUCAACAGGGCUUUGGAAAUUUGCCCAUCUGCAUGGCCAAGACCCAUCUCUCUCUGUCUCACCAGCCUGAAAGGAAAGGUGUGCCAAGGGAUUUCAUUCUACCCAUCAGUGACGUCCGGGCCAGCAUAGGUGCUGGGUUCAUUUACCCUCUGGUUGGAACGGAGGCACGUUCAGCAAAUGACAGUGUUAGCAUGAUGUGCGGGUGUAUUUGGCUGUCUGAUGUCAAAGGUCCUCCAUGGAGCCAGAUGAGCACCAUGCCUGGACUGCCCACUCGGCCCUGCUUUUAUGACAUAGAUCUUGACGCAGAAACAGAGCAAGUCAAAGGUUUGUUCUAAUGUAAGCCGAUCUGCACAGGACCUGAUCCAGGCUCCUGAAACACAAACGACUCCUUGCCUUUUCACUGCACUUGGAGAAGGCAGUGUCUGCGAGCUAUGCUUGUUACGAAAUGUUGGAGAAAUGGUGGCACAGGCCAAAGACUUCGUUCAAGUCAUCUUGCUGAUUUUAUUUGCAGCAGAGUGUAGUGUUCAGCAAGAGGACCUCCACUGAGUUUGAAAGGAACUAAUUUAUUUUCUGUUUCUGAAGAGUUUACAUUAUUUCCCACUGCUUAUACUUUAGGAUGUUUAUUUUAUGAGGACUAAGGGAUUACAAGAGUGUGAACUAAAAGGUAACAUUUUCCACGA